AUGGGAUCACACGCACUCGAUAGCUGCAUUCAUCGCCUGCCACCGGCUUAUCCGGUCGCCCUCGGCUUGGACUCCUCUUGCAAGCAAUGCAACGCCGAGGCCGACGCAGUUCCCACUGGGACGACGGUCCUGUCACGCGGUCGUCAACUGCCGACGUGGUUGGAUUUCGCCUUCUGCAAUUACCAUCUGUCGCUGAUUGCAUACGAUCGAUUCGUUAGCGUCGUCGCUGUACAGUCAGUCAGUCCUCUUUGUCACGAGCAAGUUGGUAGCUGUGCCACAAUUGAGGAUCGUGUUUCGUGGUCAAAGGAAGUGGGUUGGCACUGUUCUGUUCGUUCGGGACCGAUGCCUCCCGUGGACACAAAGAAUGAUCAGACUCGGAAUUCGAAAUCGCACAAUACACCGGUCACAGUUGGACGUUCGCUGGUGCAGCUGCAUGAGACUCAUGAAUACCGUUCGAGUUCCGUUGCUCGUAUCGGAGGGAGGAACGCUAGCGUCCGGCCCAGUUCCCUGACCGGGCUUGCGAUCGGGACUCCCGUCGAGGAAAGAAAGCGCGGGCAGCACCAGCUUCAGCACAGCAGCCUGACGGCGGGGGGCACAGAAGAGUGCGGUGGACGGCCGUCAGUGGGCACCGGGACGACCGGAGCGACCCCAGGCCUCGGACCGGAGCGACCGAGUCGGAGGGAAAGAGCGGCCCGAGAAGUGCUCGUCCUUUUACGCUACAGAAAGCGAACAUUCUGCAGCCGAGAGGCAACGCGCCAGUGCGCAGGACGCGAGGCCAGGCGCGGAGCGGGGGACGGGAGCGGAGCUGCAGCAGCAGCAGCGGAAGCCGUUGUGCGAUCGAUCUCGUCGAGGAGUGGAUCGGCAGGGGAGCGUGCGGAGCAACGGGCGAGGAGCUCAAUUGAGCGAGCGAGGGAGGAAUUAGAAGGGGCCGGGGCCCGAGGGAGGCCAGUUUCUCCGUGUGCUUGCUGCUGCAGCAGCUGUGGUGCAAUUGCCUCUCGUCGAGGGCGCUCUGCACUGUCUUCUGCUGCUGCUGCUGCUGCUGCGGGCGUCUUUAGGGCGGGAAGACGAUGUUAUGACGUUCCGGUUGGAGGGGAGCCGGAAUUCUCAUUGCAGGAAACGCGAGCCGCGGGGGCCGAGGAGGUGUGUGUUGGUGGUGGUGGUGGUGGUGGUCUGAGAAUGGUGGUUCUUCGUGGUGGUCUGGGCAAGUUCCGCUGUGGUUCUCGACGUCCUUCCCACACUGUUUCUAGUCUUGUCAGUUCUUCUUCUUCGUAG